CGUAGUAUUUAUUUGAGAGUUUGUUAUUAAUGUAGUUAAGAGAAAUUGAUUUUUAUUUGAACAAUUUAAUUCUCAAUCUUUCAUUUAGAACAGAAUUUUUUUUUCGAAUAAUUUAUUUUUCCUAUAAUUGAAUUUAUUUGACAGCAAAAAUUGGAGUUGAUUGGUAUUACAUUUUAUAAACAAUAAUUAUUUAAAUUAUGGCACGCAAAUUUAAAAGUAAAAAACAAAAGCGUGUGAAAGAUGUUUUUGAACAAAUUGCAAAACGUAAUGAAGAAUUAAAAGGCAAAAUUAAUAAACCUCCUAAAGAUCCAAAGUAUCAAGAUGUACCACGUAGUUUGAAAGAAUUUAUACAAUUAAAACAAUUAGCAAAAACAAAUGCAAAAGUUUUAUUAAAACAAAAGAGUUUACAUGAUAUUAACAUUGGAGGUAGUAGAUUACCAAAACGGUCACCUAAAUGUGCAUUUAACAUUGAAGAUCAAUCAUUAGAAAUUAUAAACUCUGUUAGCAAGAAUGAUGAAGAAAAUAGACCUGCUACUGUACUAUCUACAAAAGAAAAAUUAUUAGAAUUUAAGCGUAAACGACAACUAAAAACAAAACUAAAAAGGCAAAAAAAACAACAAAAAAAGAAACAAAAGCUAGAAGAAGAAUUUCAAGAUAAAGUUGAAUAUGACAAGGAAUAUUUAAAAGACUGUUUUAAAUUUGGAGAAACAGUACAUUGUCCACCGAGUCUAACAGUAAAACCAAGAAAAGCUGCUAUUAAUGAUUUUGAAAAUCGGCCUGGGCGUAAAGAUGAUUUGUUCUUGAAAUCUAUGCUGACAGAUCCAGGAAAUAUAAAUAAAAUGAAAAAAAUAAGUAAUGUAAUACUUAAAAAACCAAAUGAAAAAACUAUCAAACGUAAAGCAUUUACUGGUAAAAGAAAACAAUUAACACUGUCUGAUAGACGUGUAAUAGAAAAAGAAAGAGAUUUUGCUGUACAAACCUAUAGAGAAUUAAAAAAAAAUGUAACAAAUAAAAAUAUUUGAUUAUAAUUGACUAUUUUGAAUGUAAACUUAUCUCCUGUCUUAUAUUUAUUUUGAUACACUUACUAUUGUAAAUG